AUGUAUAGUGAAUUACUCAAUUCAACCAGUGCCACUGAAGCUCACCUAAUCAUUCAGACCAACACACCCUACCUGAGCGGCACGCCGAGACCCGUGAGCUCCUCUGCUUUUUACGUGUCGACAGCCAGGGUCUUAAAAGAAGGGGAAAUAAAUAAGCCAGACCUGGUGACUUACGUCAUUCUGUUUUUCUUUCUGCUCUUGACUGUGACACUCAUUGUGCUCUUCAUAAACUGCCAGCUGAAAAAUUCUUUUUUUGCUACUCUUCCUUACGACAGAUCGCUCAGAGAAGCGAGGAACCCGUGGAGGACACAAGCUGUCUGA